UUGGGAAAGCUAAGCCAGCACCAGGGGAGCGUGGCGGCUCGUGCUGCUGCCGCCGCCGCCGCCGCCGGGCUCCCUUUCCCUUUGCUAAACUUGCAGUCCGGCUUAUUUGGGUUUAUUUGUGUGUGAUGUGGGGGGUUGGGGGGUUGUAGUGGUUUGUGGUCCCCCCUCCUCCCCCCCUCCUGCUCCUCUCCCUUUCCCCCAAGGCAGGAAAAAGAGUUUGGUUCAGAAUCAGGGCUUCCUCGAUCCUCCCUCCUCCGCCGCGUCUCCUUUUCUUCUCCUUUCUCCCCUUCCCUAGUUCGGGGAGAGCUUGCGCGUGGCGCCAGCGGGGUCCCCGCUCCCCUUCUCCCCUUCCUCCUCUCGCUCUCUCUCCCCCUCUCUCGUGCGUGUUGUGUGUGCGGUUGGUGGAUGCAGUGAUUUCGAGCAAUGAAACCCAGAGCUCGGGGCUGUGGUCGGAAAGGGAGCCCUUUUCCUCCUCUCUCGGCCGGUUUGUGUGAUUUUGCUAAAAUGCAUCACCAACAGCGAAUGGCUGCCUUAGGGACGGACAAAGAACUCAGUGAUUUACUGGAUUUCAGUGCGAUGUUUUCACCUCCCGUGAGCAGUGGGAAAAAUGGACCAACUUCUUUGGCAAGUGGACAUUUUACUGGCUCAAAUGUAGAAGACAGAACUAGCUCAGGGUCCUGGGGGAAUGGAGGACAUCCUAGUCCAUCCAGGAACUAUGGAGAUGGAACUCCUUAUGAACACAUGGCAAACAGGGACCUUGGGUCACAUGACAAUCUUUCUCCUCCUUUUGUGAAUUCCAGAAUACAAAGUAAAACAGAAAGGGGAUCCUAUUCAUCAUACGGGCGAGAUUCAAACAUACAGGGUUGCCACCAGCAAAGUCUCCUUGGAGGUGACAUGGAAAUGGGCAACCCAGGAGCUCUCUCACCCACCAAACCUGGCUCUCAGUACUAUCAGUAUUCUAGCAAUAACCCGCGAAGGAGGCCUCUGCACAGUACCUCUGUGGAAGUACAAACAAAGAAAGUACGAAAGGUUCCUCCAGGUUUACCAUCUUCAGUCUAUGCCCCUUCUGCAAGCACUGCUGACUACAAUCGGGAUUCACCAGGCUAUCCAUCCUCAAAACCAGCAGCCAGCACUUUUCCUAGUUCCUUCUUCAUGCAAGACGGCCAUCAUAGCAGUGAUCCGUGGAGCUCCUCCAGUGGGAUGAAUCAGCCUGGUUAUGGCGGAAUGCUGGGCAAUUCUUCUCAUAUUCCACAGUCCAGUAGCUACUGCAGUCUUCACCCUCAUGACCGCUUGAGCUACCCAUCACACUCCUCAGCAGACAUCAAUUCCAGUCUUCCUCCAAUGUCCACUUUCCAUCGUAGUGGCACAACCCAUUACAGCGCUUCUUCCUGUACACCACCCGCAAACGGAACAGACAGCAUAAUGGCAAACAGAGGAAGCGGAGCGGCAGGAAGUUCACAGACAGGCGAUGCACUGGGGAAAGCACUUGCAUCUAUCUAUUCUCCAGAUCACACCAACAACAGCUUUUCAUCAAAUCCUUCAACUCCUGUUGGUUCUCCCCCUUCGCUCUCAGGCACAGCUGUUUGGUCUAGAAAUGGAGGGCAAGCAGCAGCAGCAUCAUCUCCCAAUUAUGAAGGUCCCUUACACUCCUUGCAAAGCCGGAUUGAAGACCGCUUGGAAAGACUGGAUGAUGCUAUUCAUGUACUCCGGAACCAUGCAGUGGGGCCUUCAACUGCCAUGCCCGGUAGCCAUAGCGACAUGCAUGGAUUAAUAGGGCCUUCUCAUAAUGGAGCAAUGGGAGGUCUUGGGUCAGGAUAUGGGACAGGCCUCCUUUCUGCCAAUAGACAUUCACUAAUGGUUGGGGCUCAUCGUGAAGAUGCAGUUGGUCUCCGUGGCAGUCAUUCGCUUGUGCCAAACCAGGUCCCGGUUCCACAGCUGCCAGUGCAGUCUGCUACGUCUCCCGAUUUAAACCCACCUCAAGAUCCAUACAGAGGCAUGCCAACUGGACUUCAAGGGCAAAGCGUAUCUUCAGGGAGCUCCGAAAUCAAAUCUGAUGACGAGGGAGAUGAAAACCUCCAGGACACAAAAUCUUCUGAUGACAAGAAGUUAGACGAUGACAAGAAGGAUAUCAAAUCAAUUACUAGGUCAAGAUCUAGCAAUAAUGAUGAUGAAGAUCUCACACCAGAGCAAAAGGCAGAACGUGAGAAAGAAAGGAGGAUGGCCAACAAUGCCCGUGAGCGCCUCCGUGUCCGUGAUAUCAAUGAAGCUUUCAAGGAGCUGGGCCGGAUGGUGCAGCUCCACCUGAAGAGUGACAAGCCCCAGACCAAACUCCUGAUCUUACAUCAGGCUGUCGCUGUUAUCCUCAGCUUAGAGCAGCAAGUCAGAGAAAGGAAUCUGAACCCUAAAGCAGCAUGUCUGAAAAGAAGGGAAGAAGAGAAAGUAUCUUCGGACCCUCCGCCGCUUUCUUUGGCAGGACCCCACCCUGGGAUGGGAGACACAUCUAAUCAUAUGGGACAGAUGUAAACACACACAAAAGGUCCAAGUUGCCACAUUUUCUUCAUGUAAACCAGAGACCACUUCCUUAACAGCUGUAUUAUCUUAAACCCACAUAAACACUUAACCCCCUUUUUUGUAAUAUAAUAAGACAAGUCUGAGUAGUUAUGAAUCACAGACGCAAGAGAUUUCAGCAUUCCCGAUUUUGAAACAAAAAAGAAAAGUGCAACUUGAGGAACGCCUCUCUUCAACAUAUCAUUCAGAAUGUUACAAGCAGUAUGUUAGGAGCUGUAAAUGCACAGCCAAGAGACUGAAUGGCAAUCUUCUCCACACUGUGGGACAAUGCAUUUGUGCCUAAACUUCUUUUGGAAAAAAAAAUAUAAUUAAUUUGUAAGUCUGAAAAAAAAUAUUUAAUUUAAAAAUUGUAAACUUGCAAUAAUGAAAAGUGUACUUCUGAAGAAAAAAAUGAACGUUUUCGUUGGUGUACUAGUCAGCUAGUGUUUAUACUUACUGGAUAUUAAAAAGGGAAGCAUUGCUACCCACAUAUUUACAAAACCAGCAAACGUCCUAAUGAAAACUGAAGUGAUGACAUUAGCCAUUCCUUAGGGUAGGAGGAACAGAUGGAUCUUAUAGACCUAUGACACACAGACACACACAGACAUAUAUAUAUAUAAAUAUAUAUAUAUUAAAAUUAGUGAAAACGGUAAGAUUUUGUUCAUUUGUUUCAGACUUUUUGCUCCUGUAAAAAUAAAAAAAGUACUAAUUAACUUUUUUAAAAAAUAAGAUUUUACUGUAAAUAAGGAAAUUUUUUUGUCUUAUUUCUCUCCUGCUCUCCCUUUGGUUCUCUAUUGUAACCUGUAGUGCCAACUCUGUUGCUGGAGGGGCAGUUCAGGAUGAAAUGCUGACCCUGAUGUUGCUUAUCAUUCAUAAAUAAGUAGCGAGUUAUUUCUUCAGUCUUUGGGGGUGAAUACAGGAUUUAAUACAAGUCAUGUCAUGUACAGAGAAACUGCAAGCAACUUUACUGAGACUUGGUGUAAACAGGUUUUUCUUUGGUCCAAAUCGUAAAUGUUGCUCUCAUUAGACCCUGUUUCUGGGAUUUUCAGAGGUACAAGGUUAGAAUGCUACAAUGUUACCACUGUGCCUUCCAAUGUUUAUAUCAUCAAAAACAUAACAUAAUCAAAGGUGGCUGUGAUUUAACAAACCAGUAGAAGUGUUAACUUAAUGUGUGUAGCCUAAAUACAGUAUGCAGUGAGGCGUUUCAGAAUACAUGGUCAGAGUGGGGGAGGGAAUGUCAAAUGGGAAAAUUGCAGGUUGUCUGACAGAUUUUGAUUUUUUUUUAAAGAAAAAUAUUAAGUGGAUUAUUGAAAAAUCCACUUGCUGCCUCCUCCUUCAUUCAUGGGGGGAAAUGCCAGUGUCCAAUUGUCAUGCAGCAUUAGAACAAGCCUUACCAGUUCUAAAGCAUUCAGUUGCACUUUCUUGAGGAGUGGGGAGGAGAACAGUAUUUCUCUGGCCAGUAUGAAUCAAGUUUUAACGUGUAUGUGUGUGUGUUUUUUAUAUAUAUAUAUAUAUAUAUAUAUAUAUAUAUAUAUAUAUAUAUAUCACACACACACACACCAACCCUUUGGCACAGGAACUCGUUUGGGAGCAAUUGAGUCAGUAUCCAUAGCAAAUCUUACAAAGAUUGACUUCAGUGUAUAGAACAAUUAAUGAAUAAUGCUCCCAAUUAAGUCUUUGUCAGCAUCCUUUUGUCUCCAAUUCCAGCUUCUGCUUUUUUAAAAAAAGCCACACAAACUUGGCAUGUAUUUUUAAAUGAAAUCUCCCUGUUCAAGUAGAUUUUCCACCUAUCAGCACUGAGUAAAUGCCAUAAGUCCAUUGAAAACGGUCUAGACGUUCCAUCUGUUCUCCUGUUUUGCCAGUUACAUAGUAAUGAAAAAAUACAUUUGUAAAUUUUAUGCAACAAAAUGGCAAACGUAUCAUUAUUUUGAAAUUGUGUAUGUAAAAGUUAUAUUUUUACAUGUAAACUCUUGUUAUUAUGUGUUUUAAUACAUUGUAUCAGUUUUUUGUUUUUUCUUAACUGUGUGGUUGAAACAAAAUCUCAUUUAAAUGAAAUAGUGAGAUAUGAGAAUCUGAAUUUUAUGUUUCUGAAAAACAUAAAGAACAAAUAUGAUAGUUUACCAUGUGAACCACCUUCUGCAUAUCCAUAAACAUUUUGAUUAGCUGUGUGUGUGUGUUGAAAAUUGUAAAUAUGUUCAGUAGCAGUAAGACUUAAAAUGCUUUUAUUUGUUAAUAAGUUCCUCAAAUGUGGAGGUGGAUUAAAACUAUGAUGAAUAAAUUUAUAAUACAGCAGCGUCCAUGAUAGUUUAAGUCAGAACAACAAAUGAACAUUUCCUUACAAAUAUCAUACUUUUAAUAGACUUUUUCCAGUGAAAAUGGGUCUGAUCAUCCUAAUUUAUUUAAGAACUGCCAUUUUCAACAGGCUAAACAAUUCUCUUCCAUUCUCAAGUACGUUACUGUUGCUUAGCAUUAAAAGUAAAAAGAAAUCCAAAUAGUUAUAGGAAGAAAUGUUGACUUCAGAAGAUGAAAUCAUGCCCAAAAUAUAAGAAGCUAUAUGGGAAUCAAGUUUCAACUCCACUUAUAUUCAUGUUGAGAGUUUUUCCCCCCCAUUCACUUAUGUCAAAAGUGUUAAGAUGUCACCCACUUGAUUCAGUCUGUGAGAGUAUUGAAUAUUGCCCAUGUAGAUGUUUAAAAGCUGGUAUUCUCUUAUAAGGCAAUCAGAAAAAUGGAUCAUAAAUUAAACUAUAUGUUUUUGUGUAAUAAUUAGGACCCUUUAAAAAUGAAAGAACAGGUAACAAAUGCAAAUAAAAAUAAGCAUGAUUUUUUAUUCUGUGGCCUAGCUUAAUGUAAUUUUGUCACCCUUUAAAGAUGCACUGUCAAGAUCACAUUAACUACCCUGCAUUCACAAUUAGGAUGAUAAAAGGGUGCCCCCCCCACACCAUUCUUUCAGUGUGUGCUAAUGGGCAGAGCAUGAUUCAAAACCAGUGAUAGUGGUGAUGUACAUAGAACCAGGAGGUUAGUAAUGUAUAAAGCAGUAAUCUUGUGUGUAUGAUUUUAGAGAUUGCUUCCUGUUCCAUAAUGGAAUUUAAACUUGCAAACAAAAGAUUCAGUCACACCAGGGUGUCCCCCUCCCCACUCCUUUGUCCAUAUGUUAAUCUAGAUUCUGUCCAUAAGAAACAAGAAAGCCAAAAGCGGCUUUGGCCUUUGGCUUCUGUCAUUUUCAGACAGGUGUCCUUAGUGGUUUUUGUCACUCAUUAGAGCCGAUGGUAGCUUGACUUUAAUACUCAAGAAGGGCCAUGCGUUGAAUGGUGACAAACAUUUCCCAAAUCUCUUAUAAAGAAACCUAUCAAAUGUUCAGUGAGUGAUCCACCUCCACAUUCAAGUAAUUUAUGAAUAUGCUGAUUAGGGAAAUCUGUUCAUCUAGAUUUUUUUAUUUUUUACAUUUGUCUUAUGUGUAGCUGCAAGGAACACUAAUGUUUAUACAACUGUCAGUUCAACCAGUGAUGCAACUUGUACUGAUGCAGUCUUCCGAUUUGUUUUGUUUGUUAGUUUCAUUUUGGAGGGUGGGAAAGGGGUGGUGGAGUGGGGUGGAAUUUUGCAAGUUUCAUCUUUCUGUCUGAAGGGCACAAUAUGAUCUGUGCCAAAAAGUGAACAAUACAGUACCUUGCCAGAAAUGAAGAGAAUUCAUCAGGGGAGAAAAAGCACAAGUAAAUUAAACUUAGUCCACUGACUGACUUGAGGAUAAAAAGAUAUCUUAAAGAUGGAAUGUGAUGAAUUCCAACACAAUGGGGCACCAAGACCUUUUCAGCUUCUUGUUUUAUUUUCUUUCUUUUGUUCUGUCUUUUCCUUUCCCCCUUUUUUUUCCUUUAGAAAAAAAAAUAUUCUUUCUCAUGGGACUUGAAGUUGAUUCACCUUUUGUGCAGUGCUGGUUUGACCAUACUCAUUUCAAGUAUUAUAGACUAAUGUAAUGGUGAAAAUAUAUGAACUGUGGCCUUUUUCAUUCUUGUUACUUGUGAUGCAACUAAGUGAAGAUAAGAGAAAAAAAGCAGAGAUUUACCAUGUAUCAGUGCCUGGCUUUUUGUUACAAAGCUUCGUUUGUCUAGUGACCUUUUUGCUAUAAAAUAGACUGUAGUACACCCUAGUAGGAUAAAAGAAAACCCUAAAUUUAAAAAUAAAAAAAUAUAUUUGGCUUAUUUUUCACAGGAGCAAUCCUUUUAUACCACGAAUAUUGCAAGGGGGGGAAAUUGUCAGAUUCUGAAUAUUUCUUCUUUGUAGAUUUUUGGAAUCAUUCUGAGUAAAAGUUUGUUACUUUAUUUUACUAUUUAAAAGAUGUUAUUUUACCAUGUGUUACUGAGAUGAAAUUGUAUGGUAGCUUCUUUUUUUUUUAGUUGUUAGGUCGCAGCGGGGAAAUUUUUUGCGACUGUACACAUAGCUGCAACAGUUUAAGAAAAGAAAAGAAAAAAAUGAAAAAAAGGGAAAAAUUAUAAAAGGGACAAAAAGAAAAAAAAGAUUAAAAAAAAACAGUUACACUUUGUUUUCAAUGUGUGGCUGAGUGCCUCAAUUUUUUUCAUGUUUUUUGGUGUAUUUCUGAUUUGUAGAAGUGUCCAAACAGGUUGUGUGCUGGAGUUCCUUCAAGAAGAAAAACACAGCUCGCUGUAGGCCAUUACCUGUUUCCCAUCUGUAGUUACUCGAUGCCGUCAUGUACAUGACCGUUCUGUAGCAAUAAAUGUGCCAUUUUUAUAAACUC